AUGAAGGCCCUUGUCUACGACGGUUCAAACUCAGUAUCAUUGAAGGAUAAACCUCUCCCCACCAUCUCAAAACCAACCGAUGUCAUCGUCAAAGUCACCAAGACAACCAUUUGCGGCACUGACCUCCACAUUCGUAAGGGCGACGUAGCGACUUGCCAACCAGGCACUACAUUGGGUCACGAAGGUGUAGGUAUCAUCCACUCAGCGGGGGCUUCGGUCACACGAUUUAAGGAAGGAGACCGAGUCCUCAUCUCAUGCAUCUCCAGCUGCGCCACGUGCGAGUACUGCCGCCGAGGCAUGUACAGUCACUGCACGUCCGGCGGGUGGAUCCUCGGAAACACCAUUGACGGCACUCAGGCCGAGUACGUCCGCAUUCCCCACGCCGAGUCCAGUCUCCACCCGAUCCCGGACGGCGCCGAUGACUCCUCACUAGUGAUGUUAAGCGAUAUCUUUCCGACAGGACUCGAAUGCGGUGUGCUGAACGGAAAGGUACAGCCGGGCGGUACUGUCGCUAUUGUCGGCUCAGGCCCGAUUGGUCUGGCGGCUAUUAUUACGGCCCAGAUGUACUCCCCGUCUCAAAUCAUUGCCAUCGAUAUGGACCCGAAGAGACUUGACGUCGCAAGGCAAUUUGGCGCAACCGAGACUAUUGACAGCUCCAAGGCAGAUGCUGUUGCCAAAGUUAAAGAGUUGACUGAGGGUAAAGGCGCUGACUCGGUCAUUGAAGCUGUGGGAAUACCGGCCACUUUUGAUCUCUGCCAAAGCUUGCUCGCACCCGGUGGUGUCCUAGCGAAUGUGGGAGUUCAUGGAACCAAGGUUGACCUUCACCUUCAAAAUCUUUGGGACAAGAAUAUUUACUUCAACCUUGGUGACAUGGAGAAGGCAUACGAUACCUUUGGAGAAGCGUCCAAACAUGGAGCUUUGAAGGUUGUGAUCGAUGUGGAUUGA